CCACUCCAGAUGUUGUGACUCAACAGAGUACUAUCCUGUGUCUAUAUGUCAGUUGUUGACGGGGAGAGAAGUCCUCAUCAGUCCCUCUCCUUCCACUCUUGCUCUCCGUCACAAUGUGGCAGUGCGACUUGUGGAUCAAUCUGAGGGGGCUGCUGCUCUUUGUUUUUGCCGUUCUCCUUCUAGUAUACUUGCUGAAGGCAAGGGAUCCCCCUCACUUUCCUCCAGGACCACCACCUGUCCCUGUUUUGGGGAACAUAUUCAGCAUUGAAUCAAAACAGCCUCAUAUUUACCUCACCAAGCUUGCUGAAGUUUAUGGGAAUGUGUUUUGCAUUCGUCUAGGAAGACACAAAACAGUGUUUGUGUCCGGGUGGAGGAUGGUGAAGGAGGCUUUAGUCACAAAGGCUGACAGCUUUGUGGACAGACCUUACAGCCCCAUGGUGACCAGAAUUUAUUCAGGGAACUCAGCGGGUCUGUUCUUCAGUAACGGUAUGGUGUGGAGGAGACAGCGGCGUUUUGCCAUGGCCACAUUACGCGCCUUCGGUCUGGCCAAGAGCUCCAUGGAGAGGACCAUCUGUGAGGAGAGUCGACACCUGCAGGAGGCGAUGGAGCAGGAGGAAGGUAGGCCCUCGGACCCGGUGCCACUCUUGAACAACGCUGUGUCCAACAUCAUCUGCCAGAUCGUGUUCGGGAAGCGGUUUGAGUACAAUGACCACAGCUUCCAGGAGAUGCUGAAGAAUCUGACUGACAUGGCCUAUCUGGAAGGCUCCAUAUGGGCUCUACUAUAUGAUGCGUUCCCAGUCCUGAUGAAACACCUUCCCGGGCCUCACACUGGCAUCUUCAGCAGCUCCAAAUCUCUCGAGACAUCCAUCAGGAGAGAGAUAGCGAGACACAAGUUGGAUCUGGACCCCAGCAACCCACGAGAUUACAUCGACAAGUUCCUCGUAGAGGCGAGACACAACAGAAACACUGACACCGGUUUUGAUGAAGAAAACCUGGUUCUGUGCUGCCUCGAUUUGUUUCUGGCGGGCAGUGAAACCACCUCAAAGACUCUGCAGUGGGGACUCAUCUACCUUAUCAAGAAUCCUCACAUCCAAGACGAAGUCCAGGCAGAGAUUGACAGAGUGAUCGGACAGACCCGUCAGCCCUCCAUGGCCGACAGACCAAACAUGCCCUACACGGACGCCGUCAUCCACGAGGUCCAGAGGAUGGGAAAUGUCGUUCCUCUCAACGGACUCAGGAUGGCGGCCAAGGACACAGCGCUGGGAGGUUACAUCAUACCAAAGGGCACCGCGGUGAUGCCUAACCUGACCUCUGUGCUGUUUGACAAGAAUGAAUGGGAAACUCCAGGAACCUUCAACCCGGAACACUUCCUUGAUUCUGAUGGCAAGUUUGUGAGAAGGGAAGCAUUUCUACCUUUCUCUGCAGGAAAGCGGGCGUGUCUUGGCGAGGGCCUGGCAAGGAUGGAGCUGUUCUUGUUAUUCGUCGGUUUAUUUCAGAAGUUUCACUUUUCCACUCUGGCUGGAGUGGACUUGAGCACAGAAGGAAUAAUUGGAGCCACACGCACUCCACACCCUUUUAAAAUCUUGGCAAAAACCCGCUAAACCUCGCAGAGUAAAUCCAAGAGAUGGCACGAGUUUGAAGGAUUACAUUUUUAUGUGUGUUUGUACAUAGUACUUGUUACUGCUGUGAUUAAUCUCCAAAUAAUUAAUGACCUUUUUAAAACCAGAAGAUAGCGAUGGCAGUGUUUUGUGCAGUAGGUAAUGCUCUUUGUCCAGCUAAACAGGGCCGUGUCUAGCUUUGCGGGGGCCUCAUGCAAGAUGGUGUUUGGGCCCUUAGUUUGGCAAACUACAAUGCAGAUUCCUAACCCAUUAGAUGAUCCAUGAACAUGCCACGACCUUUUACACAGGCUACGGUCAUGAUCACCUCUCAUAUUAAAAAUGAUCAUCUUAAAUUGAGCUACUGAAGCAGGAUACCAGAUUAAAAAAUCAUAAUACAAGAUUAGAUUUAAUUUAAUCAUGCCAAAAAAAUAUCCACAACUUAUCAUUGUGGUUUAUCUUAUUCUCACAUCCUACAUUUAUUUCCAAGCAUAUAAAGGAUACAGACAUGUAGGGACAUCACUUAAAUUUUUAAAUGGGAGGGCUGUUCAUAACUACAUAUACACAGAAAAUAUAACUUUAUAAACAUAUAAACAGAAAAUGUAAAUUUGCCAGGAUAAUAGCAGUAGAGUAGUACCAUAUUCAAGUUUUUUUUUUUUUUUUAAUCUUUGAGAAAAAUAGUGUCACAGCCUGAUCAAUAUUAUGUUUAGUAAUUUGUAUGGUUAUGGUUACAGACGAAACAAUCCUGCUCUCCACCUGUGUAGAACAACCACCUGACACAUUUCACGAAAAGUAAUUACAAUAAUUACAAUAAAAUUGCAUCAUCAAUAUCAGUUAAAACAACCUCAGCAGCAAAAGUCUCUCUCCAUCUGGUCUUCCCUCUGCCUGUGUCUAGAUGUCGCCAAGGUGGACUUGAUAGUGAAUGUCUCAUUUCCAUUUAUUAUAAUCCAGUGAAUGAGGUGAAUUGUCCUUUUCACAUCAUUCAAAAAGUCGCAGCUCUGAUUAAUAUUUUCCACUUGCCACUUUAUAUGGAUGAGGUUCAUUUGAUGAUUUGAUGAUGUGUUAUGAGAAAAGCCAGAUGUAUAAAUUUUGCUCAUGAGCUCUUCUUCUUGACUAAAUAA